UUUGUGCAGAGUGGCUGGAAAACUGUGUGGAGGAAGAGGAUCCUGAGGUGUCAGUUGGCAGCCAUCCGAACGUAAACUAGCAGUGUGCCUAGAUGGCCCAAGAAGCUGGAUUGAAAGUGAACCACAAUGGCGGCGAUCACAUCUGAUAGUCCUCCAAAUCCAAGCUGCAAAAUAAUGACUUUUAGGCCUUCAAUGGAUGAAUUCAGAGAGUUCAACAAAUACUUAGCAUACAUGGAAUCACAAGGUGCUCAUAGGGCUGGAGUUGCAAAGGUUAUCCCACCAAAGGAAUGGAAGCCAAGAAAACAUUAUGAUGAUAUUGAAGAUUUGGUGAUUCCUGCUCCAAUUCAGCAGAUGGUCACCGGCCAGUCAGGGCUCUUCACACAAUAUAACAUUCAGAAAAAGCCAAUGACAGUGAAGGAAUUCAAGCAGCUGGCCAACAGUGACAAAUACUGCACCCCAAGAUACAUAGAUUAUGAAGAUCUGGAGCGUAAAUACUGGAGGAACUUGACUUUUGUGGCACCAAUUUAUGGAGCAGAUAUCAGUGGGAGCAUUUAUGAUGAAGGUAUUGAGGAAUGGAAUAUUGCUCAUCUUAAUACAAUAUUGGAUGUUGUAGGAGAAGACUGUGGAAUUUCUAUUGAGGGUGUAAAUACCCCAUAUCUGUAUUUUGGCAUGUGGAAAACAACAUUCGCAUGGCACACUGAAGAUAUGGAUCUCUACAGCAUUAAUUAUCUCCAUUUUGGGGAGCCAAAGUCAUGGUAUGCAAUUCCUCCAGAGCAUGGGAAACGGCUUGAACGACUGGCUCAAGGAUUCUUCCCAAGCAGCUUUCAUGGAUGUAAUGCAUUUCUUCGCCACAAGAUGACUCUGAUUUCUCCCUCAAUACUGAAAAAGUAUGGAAUUCCUUUUGACAAGGUUACACAAGAGGCAGGGGAAUUUAUGAUCACUUUCCCAUAUGGAUACCAUGCAGGAUUUAACCACGGCUUCAACUGUGCAGAGUCAACAAACUUCGCAACUAUCAGAUGGAUUGAUUAUGGAAAAGCAGCAAAGUUGUGCACCUGCAGGAGAGACAUGGUCACAAUUUCCAUGGACGUUUUUGUGAAGAAAUUUCAGCCAAACAGAUACCAGCUGUGGAAACAGGGCAAAGAUUUAUAUACCAUUGAUCAUACAAAGCCGACUCCUGAGUCAACUCCUGAAUUAAGUAUGUGGCUACAGAGAAGAAAGAAAAUAAGGAAACUUUCCAAGAGCGGCUUCCAGCACAACAGAUCUCGAUCUAAAAAGCUUAAAACUCCAGGGGACAAGAGACAAUCUGCUAUGGCAACUGGUGCAGAAAUCAAAGAGACUGAAGCAGCUACUGAUGGCUUCAAGGUCAAUGAAAAACCAGAUGAAAAAGUGGGACCGCUAAAUACAGAAGUGCCUUCUGGAGAAGAAGAAAGCAGUAGUAGAAUGCAGCUGGAUCAACAUUUAUUGGAUAAUGUCAAGGUUGCAGAAAGCAUUCUUUCAGACUCAGUUUCCUGUCCUGUUCCUUUGCAAAUGGAACCAAAAGCUGAUGAGGACAAGGAGGAUUCCAGUGACUCUCUCGUUACAUUUGAAGAUUCAGGGGCCUGUGUGCCCACUUCAAAUAGCUGUAAUAAAGAAGAGAGUUUGAAAACUCAGAAUAAGUCUAAAUCAUCCAUACCGUACCUGAAGUGCCAGGAUCAUAAUUCCGAGGCAGAAAGCCCAGCUAAAAAGGUGAAUGUCUCUACAGAGGAUGAUGUCAGUGACCUAGAAAGUGGAAGUAGCUUGAGACAUGGUGAAGUGCCAGUUGCAAAAAGGAAUGAAGAUGAUGACAUGGAAACAUCCAACUCAGCAGAAGCUGAAGGAAAGAAAGUAUCUAAGAGCUGGCGUCAUCCACUAAAUAAACCCCCAGCUAGAUCUCCAAUGACUUUGGUUAAACAGCAGGCAACUAGUGAUGAAGGUGAGUGUACUGCUUAGUAAAUUUUUUGAUAG